CCCCUAGGCCCCGCCCCGGCAGGGCUCGCCCGCCGCCGCCAUCUUGGACCUGGCGCGAGCGAGGGGCGGCGGAGUCGGGGCGGGGGGGGGCGCCCGCCUGUGUAGCCAUGGCAACCGCCGCCGCGGGGCAGGAAAUGGCAUCGGACGUCUCUCCCUUGGGGGCUGGUUCGGGCACGUCGGGACCAGCCGCAGGAAGCCUCAGCCAGAGGAGCAGCAAGCGGCGGACGGGGCUGGAGUUUGACGAAGAUGGCGAAGGGAACAGCAAAUUCCUCAGGUGCGAGGACGACCAGCUCUCCACGGACAAAGAGCGGUUCGCUAGGUCCGAUGACGAGCAGAGCUCGGCGGAUAAGGAAAGAUUGGCCAGGGAGAACCACAGCGAGAUCGAACGCCGACGGCGGAACAAGAUGACCGCUUACAUCACCGAGCUCUCUGACAUGGUGCCCACCUGUAGCGCCUUGGCCCGCAAGCCGGACAAGUUGACCAUCCUGCGCAUGGCCGUCUCUCACAUGAAGUCGCUGCGGGGCACUGGGAACACCUCCACGGAUGGCACCUACAAGCCAUCUUUCCUCACUGACCAGGAGCUGAAACACUUGAUCCUGGAGGCGGCCGACGGCUUCCUCUUCAUCGUCUCCUGUGAGACGGGCCGAGUGGUUUACGUCUCUGACUCCGUGACGCCCGUCCUGAACCAGCCGCAGUCGGAGUGGUUCGGCAGCACCCUCUACGACCAGGUGCACCCCGACGACGUGGAGAAGCUGCGGGAACAGCUCUCCACCUCGGAGAACGCGCUGAGCGGCCGCAUCCUGGACCUGAAGACGGGGACGGUCAAGAAGGAGGGUCAGCAGUCCAUGAGGAUGUGCAUGGGGUCGCGUAGGUCCUUCAUCUGUCGGAUGAGAUGUGGGAACGCAACCGUCGAUCCCGUCUCCAUGAACCGGCUCAGCUACAUGAGGAAUCGGUGCAGGAACGGGCUGGGUGCCAUCAAAGAGGGGGAACCCCAUUUUGUGGUUGUCCACUGCACGGGCUACAUCAAAGCUUGGCCACCGGCAGGAGUUUCCCUGCCCGACGAUGAUCCGGAUUCUGGACAGGGCAGCAAAUUCUGCCUGGUGGCCAUUGGCAGGUUGCAGGUCACCAGCUCCCCCAGCUGCGCAGACAUGAACACCGUAUGUCAGCCCACCGAGUUCAUCUCCCGCCACAACACGGACGGGCUGUUCACCUUCGUGGACCACCGCUGCAUGGCCACCGUGGGCUACAAGCCCCAGGAACUCCUGGGGAAGGACAUUGUCGAGUUCUGCCAUCCUGAAGACCAGCAUCUGUUGAGGAACAGCUUCCAGGAGGUGGUGAAGUUAAAGGGCCAGGUGAUGUCCGUCAUGUUCCAUUUCCGAUCCAAGAACCGCGAAUGGCUCUUGAUGCGGACUAGCUCCUUCACUUUCCAGAACCCCUACUCGGACGAGAUCGAGUACAUCAUCUGCACCAACACCAACGUAAAAAAUACCGGCCAGGACACCCGCCCUGCCAGCUCGAACCCGUUGCAGAGACCCCAGCUAGGCCCCAAUGUCAGCCUGCCUUUGGAGAUGGGCCCAGGGCACCUGGCCGCCAGGGCACAGCCAGCACAGCCAGCGGAGCUGGACGUGGUUCCCGGGAGAGAAAGCUUAGCCAGCUACGAGCACCCGCAGGUAAGCCUUCAGGCCGUGAGCACCCCUGGCCCCGAGCACAGCAAGCCUCUGGAGAAGGCCGAGGUCCUCUUCGGGCAGGAGCCGGACCCUCGCUUCAGCGAGAUGUAUAGUGGCAUCAGCCCAGACCGGACGAAGCCCAUUUCAGCCAACUCGGUGCCCACCAGCCAGCCCCUCUUCGGCCCAGGGAACAGUUUCGGGGCUUCCCGCCCGGCUGAGGGCUUCCGCAGCAGCAGCCUGGCGCCCCCAGUGAACGUCCUGCAGCCUGGCCGGACGCACUCGACCUCCGCCGGACCCAUCCUGGCCCACCUCUCUCGCCAUGCCAGCCCCAGUCAGGUCUCCGGAAGCGCCUGGGCUUCGGGAUCGCGCCCGCCUUUCGCGGCCCAACCAGCGGCUUCCCAGCCAGUGAAGACUCGCCCCCCGUCGUUUGCCAUGGGCAGCUUCCAGGCCACGCCGUCCUCCUUCGGCCCCAUGCCGAAUCCCGGUUCCGCGGCCUCGCCAGCCGGAGCUCCCUACCCAAACCUUGCCGGUCGGAACGCCCCUUUUGCUGCUGGAGAGAGCGGGCAGAAUCCGGCCCCGUUCCAGGCGCGGACGGCAGAAGGAGUCGGCGUUUGGCCACAGUGGCAGAGCUCAGGCGAGUCCCAUGUCAGCAGCAAGCAGCAGCCUGCCCAGCCAGAGGUCUUCCCGGAUAUGCUGUCAAUGCUGGGGGAACAAGGAACCAACUACAGCAAUGAAGAGUUUCCCGAACUGAAUAUGUUUCCGCCCUUUUCGGAGUAAGCGAGGGAGACGACCUGCCCCCCUGAU